UUCUUGAUAGUAAAAAUAGAAGAAGAAAAGAAAAUGACACCAAAUAAAAUUUUCUUCUUCCUAUUUUCUCUAGUUCUUUGCAUUUUCCCCCACGCAAACGCGGCCGUUAGCUUGGUCGGAAAAGUAUGUGAAAGAACUCAUAGCAAGGCUAAUUGCAUUGCAAGUCUUGCAUCAAACCGGGACAGCAAAACCGCAAACAUUGAACAACUCGGCCUUAUCGCAUUGAAACUUGCAGCCGAAAAUGCAACACAUACUACCUUGCACAUCAAGCAAUUGCUUAAUAACAGGUCAACUUGGGAUCCUACCACCGAGCAGGCACUCUCCGAUUGCUACGACCAAUACGUUGAUGCUAAUACGCAACUCGCUGAUGCAGGAGCCGCGUUGCUAGUUAAGGAUAAUAGGAAUGUUUACGUUUGGGUCAGUGCAGCCAUUGCUAAUGCUAAAACUUGUGAAGAUGGAUUUAAGCAGAAUAGUGUUGCUGGUAAGGAUUCAAUUUUGACACAAAAGAAUGCGAUCUUUCGGCAAUUAUGCAAUAAUGUGUUGGCCAUUGUUAAAUUCAUGAACAACAAAAAGCAUUGAUUAGUUUGUGAUGCAAAUUUCUAUUGCUAUGCCUAUGGCUUCAUGUUUUUAAUUUAGUAGUUGAGUCUUGGCAAUUGAUGACGGUCUUUUUUUGUUCAAUAUAAAUAUAUUUAUGAUUGUAUUCUUUA